UGUUCAAAAUACCAGUCAGUUUAAUAUCUGUCGAAAUGUUCGCUCUAACGGACUUAUAAAUUUCGUAACGUUAAGUGUACCUACAAACUUUCUAAUUCAAAGUAAUAAUUUUGUUACUUUUAAAGAUGUAAAGACAGCCCCUGGAUGUUUAUAUUGGUGUUAACUAGCUAUUGUGUUAGAAGGGAAGAUGCAAUUAGAACUAAAAACAAUAUCUUAGUGAAAAAUAUGGUGAAUUCAGGCAGGAAGCAGAUAGCUAUAAGUAUUCCGCGAAAUUAAACGAGAAGCGAACGUAAAAUAACUACGAGGAUAUGUUUAACUUAAGACAAUAAUUCAAGACAUCUAUUGCAACGUGAAUACUAACCUAGAUAGAUAUGUUUGUAAAGUACAAUAUUCAGAAUAAGUACAUGUUCGACAGCUGUAGAAUGCCUUAUUGUUUAAAUGAAACGCAAUAAAACAGUUGUAGAGUGCGAACAGACAUAGCAGAAAACGCUAAUGGUAAAUAAUACAGACCAACCAAUUUUGUCAUAUUUCAUUGUUUGGUUUCGACAUAGGUCUAAUUGACUAACAAGGAACCAACGAAUCACGAGCGAUUGUAACAAGCAUGGCAUCGAGCCAGAAGGAGAAAGUUGCUUGCCCUCCAGAGCAAUCCGUUGCCAUGGAAACCAAGCGGAAAGGGAAGCUGAAACGAGUGACGAAGGCGCUGUCCCUCUCAGCGAUGGGGAAGAUCUCGAAGGACGCCAUGAAGCGAAGUCAGAGCAUCGACAAUCAGAUCCAGCAAGACCAAGAACAGAAAAAGAACGAGCUGACGCUACUGUUACUAGGCGGUGCCUAUUCCGGAAAGAGCACGUUUGUGAAGCAGCUCCGUAUCCAUUACGGCGACGGUUUCCCGGAAGAGGAACGCCUCCCGUACACAAAUCAAGUCCACGAGACCGUCUCAGGGGCAGCCAUCAAAAUCAUUGAACAUAUGCAAUCCGAACAUAUUCGUUUUGAGUCUGAGGAACUGCAAAAUGCCGCCGCAGAUUUUCACCAGCGGAAUCCGGUCGUAAAUUUCAACGACAUGCUCACCAAAUCCUACACAGCGGACGAUAUGCAAACUGCCAGGGGAGCAAACUCCUUACUCGCGAUGGCUUGUAACGAAUUGGGCAAGAGAUUUGCCUACAUGAAUGUCAAGUGCGGAGGGCUGUCAAAACAGGAUCAGGACUUGUUGUUGGAAAUGUGGAAAGAUGAAGGAUUCCAGAGGGGCUUCAAAGGUCUAUUGACAGCGAAAUGUUCCGUCCGAUCGAUUCGGCCACAGGAAUUAUACUUUUGCAGCAACAUAUCUCGUAUGCUUGCGGAGGACUAUGUUCCGAGUCAUCAGGACAUUCUGUUUAUCCGCCGUCCCACCUUAGGCGUGAUUGAACAUCAUUUUAAUGUGGACGACUUCAUAUACAGGGUGAUAGACGUGGCAGGCCAGAAGAGCCAAAGGAAGAAAUGGAUUCACCUCUUCGAGAACGUCACAGUCGUUUUGUUCUUUGUGUCGCUGAGCGCUUUCGAUGAAAAUCUAGAGGAAGACGAAGCACUUAACACACUGCAAGACAGCCUACAGACGUUCCGUGAAGUUUCCCACAAUCACUAUCUGGAUAAGACAGAUUUCCUUCUAUUCCUGAACAAAUUCGACCUGUUUGCCGAGAAACUACGGUCCACAAAGUUCAGUGCACACAUCCAGGAUUACGACGGUGAUAACACCCCGGAAGCAUGCAUCAAGUAUAUCCGGGAGCAGUUCCACCAACAUCGGCCGUGCCACAAGCAGGUGUACACUCACGUCUCGUGUGCCACAGAUGUAGUCAUGAUGAGUGACCUACUUUCCAAGGUGCUCAACAUUGUCGCCGAAAUAAACUUUAGAAAAACUGGUGGAUUGUUUUAACAAGUAUUGAAAAAUGUCGCCGAAAAAACUGAAAAAAAACAACAACAACAACACUGAUGGAUUGUUUUAAUGGUGAAGUGGUGCAUUGUUUUAAUACGGAAUAUUGACGCCGAGAUAAACUCCAGAAAAAAUGAAGGAUUGUUUAAAUGUCAAACUGGUGUAUGACAAAUUACCCAUGUUGACAAAUUACGCUUGUCACCGAGAUAAACUUCAGAAAAAACACUGGUCGAUUGUUUUAAUGUCAUGCCAAUGUAUGUACUUAGGAGAACUUUGUCGCCAAGACAAUUUUUAGAAAAUUGUCUCAUCUGUUUAUGUUAAAUUAAUUCCCCGUGCAUGUCGGUAAUCCUGAUACAGUAUUCAUCAAUAUGAAACACUUUAUUCUUGAUUCAGAGCAAUUGUAUCGACUGCAACAUGAUGAGCGAUCGCAAGUCCAAAGUGUUGAAUACUUUCGCCGAUAUACACUUCAGAAAAACUGGUGGGUCGUUUUAUGUUGAACAUUGUCGUCGAAGUAAAUGAAUAAAAACAAAUUGUGGGUUGUUUAAAUGGUUUAAAUUUUCACAGAAAUAAACUGCAGAAAACGGAUGGAUUGGUUUUAUGUUGAACAUUUUCGCCAAAAUAAACCUCAGAAAAGAAAUGGAUUGUUUAAAGGCUGAUGGAAAUUGUCGCCGAAUGAAACAUCAGAUAAAAUAGUCGAUUGUUUAAAUACUGAAAAUUGUCGCCGGAUUUUUUUUUAGAAAAACUGGCGGAUUGUUUUCAUGUAAAAUCAGUUGUAUCCUUCAGCAUGAAAUUUCGUGAUUUGUCUUAGAAUUACUUUUUCGUGGACACUUAAAUUUCGGGGAUUUCUGAUUUUAGGGAAAAUUUGCGUAAGUUAUUUUCCAAUGUGUUUGUGUUAAAAUUGGUAAUGUCGGUCUGGAAAAUACAAGGGUGGACAUUGUAUCGUUGUCGUUGUUGUCCGCUUAAAAAAAGGUUUUAUAUGCAUCAUUUACGUCGAAAUAAACUUCACUACACUUAAAUUAAAGGCAAUUUUAUAUAUUUUGUUUUAAAUAUAUAUUAUUGCUUUAUGACAAGUGUGUUGGUUUGAAAGCCAGAUAGGUUGACAUCGCCAUGUGUUUUGUUAGAAAUACUAGAUAUAAAAGGUAUUAUAUGCAAAUUUUAACACACUCUAACAAUAUAUUGUUAGUUUAAUCGUUUAACUGCUAUUUGAAGCAGUUUAUGAAAUUGUCGUAAGAGUUAUUUAUUUUAUGAAUAAUUUCAGAAAGAAUAUUUUUGAAUUGGUUUUUGACUACCGUACAUAUAAAUAUGCAUGUGUAACUCUUGUUUGUUUUUACUUUUUCUAUUCUCAGUUUAAUGAAUGCAAUUAAUAAUACAAUAACAGUCGCACAUAUUUUUUUUAUUAAUGGCGCUUUUACGACUUGGUAACUCGUUCCCAAUAUCUAGGUCAUUAUUAAGUCGUGGGAUCUAAAUUCGUACAUUUCGCGAAUGAGAUAAUUAGUCGUCGUUGAUUUCGUGUUUUUUGUAAUAAUUCAAUCAUUCACAGCACUUAUUAGGUCUGUUAAAAGUUGUAUUAAAGAAUCUUAUAACGUUUGCUUAAAGCAAGAGGAAUCGAUAACAGGAGUACAUCAGUCAUAGAAAUCUUAUUUGUUUAGUUAUAGUUUACUGCAUGUAAAUGAUGUAUCUAUGCAAAUGAUACUCUGUUGAAGUCAAAAUAUGCUUUGUUGAAUGCUUGUUAUUUUGAACAUAUG